AUGUUUCAGCACCACAGCAGCCAGCGCACGCACGCAGCACAGCGAUGCAUGCGGGCAGCUGUGCAGCAGCAGCACGAAGCAGCGCAGCAGCUGCAGGCAGCGGUGUGUGUGGUGGUGCAGUGGGGCGGUGUGGCAGCGGUGUGUGUGGUGAUCAGGGCGGUCAGCAGUGGUGCAGCCGCUGUGGCGAUCGCGGCGCUGGAGCAGCUGACACAGUUCGCGGGGUCGAUGGAUGCGGCGGAGAGGGCAAUGGCCGGGUUGCCCACUAAGAGUCCUGUCUUUGGGCCCGUUCCCAUGCAUUCUCUGGAUGUUCGACAUCCACACAAGCGUGGUGGUAGAAGGGGAGGUGGACCAUUCCGAGGGGGUGGCCAGGGAAAUGUUGGCCGCCACCAUGGUUCUGUCCCUUCUGUCCGUGGAAAGGGGCAUGGUCGGGGUAAGGCUCGAUCUAAGCGCUUCCAAAUACAAGGUGUGAAUUCAACAUCUUCCCAUACAGAACCUUCUGCUGCCAAGGAGCACACAGCUGAUGUGGCCAAAAAGGUAGCUGAAUCUGCUUCUGCACCAGAAAACGUAGCUCCUAACUGUCGACCUGUACAGCUUGCUUGGUGUGAACUUUGUAGGGUAGAUUGUUCUGGUUUGGAAAUUCUUGAGCAGCACAAAAAUGGAAAGAAACAUAAAAAGAACUUGCUAAGGUAUGAAGAGAUGAAAAAUGCUAUCAAACCAGCAGAAGAAAUACAGAAUCCUCAGGAACCUAUAAAUGAUUCAAAGCCUGAAGAGUCUCAGCAGCCUCCAUUUGCAGAGGAUUGUGAAGAGCAGAAGUUGGCAGAAAACUUGCCCUCUGAAGCUGGAAGCAUUGAACAUAGAAUGGAGAACAGUUGCAACAAUGAACACAGAAUGGAGAAUAAUCUGCAAAAUAAUGCUGGGGAAAAACCUCAAGUUCCUGUGGGGGAACCAUCUGAUCAGCAAGGAAGGAAGUUUAGGAUGAAUUUGUUUGAUAAUAGGAGACAUGGAAUGAAACGCAAAAUGAAGGGUGGUCGGGGAGGGAAGCGUAUAAAGACUUUUGAAGCUAGAAGAGCAGUGGAACCUCCCAAACCUAAAAUUGUAGCUCCGCAAUUAUGUGAUUUGUGCAAUGUCAAGUGUGACACACGUGAGGUUCUUGACCGCCAUCUUUCUGGUAAGAAGCAUAUUGCUAAGCUUAAACGAUUUCAAGGUCAUCAGGCAAUGUAUGGGCCAACAGGGCUUCAGGCACUUUACCCCCCUAAUCCAAUUGCACAAACUCAUUCCCUCCCUCAAGGCCAUCAACCUUUCUACAAUCCUCAGGGCGCAUUUCUCCCACAAGGGGCUUAUUUUCCUUCCCAAGGAUACCAAUCUGCAUCAGCAGCUGCAGGUUUGAAUCCUCAAUUCUCACAAAGUUCCAUGCCUCAACAGUCAGAAUCCACUUCAACUCUUUGAGGCAAAUCCUGCAACAGCUGUCUGAGAAUCUGGAGGCUAUGGAUCAGAUCCUCCCCUCAUUAGCAUCACAUAUCUAACUUAGUAUGUUUCUGGGAAUAGAUUUGCUGCCAUUUACUGUCAAUAUGGAGUCUCCUCUACUGAUGUUACUUGCAUUGAAGUCGUGAAGUUAACAUGGCUCAGUAGCAAUGAAUUUCACUUUCCACUAGUUCUCUUUAUCGACUCUAAGAAAGUUUUUGUUUCUGCUUUUGAAAAUAUAUUGAUAUUUUUAUAUAUUGAUAUCAUCUUAUACUGCAA